UCUCCCCACAGCCGCAGCCACUGUUGCGCAGCCCGCGGCGGGAGCUCGGGGCGUCCGGCGGGCUCCUGUCCGGAAGCGGAAGCUGGGGGCGGGGCCACGGCGCCGGUGGCGGUUGGUUCCGAGCGCCCGGUCGUGCGUCUGCGCUGCGCUGAGGCUGCGAGAGAUGGUCAGGUCCGGCUCCCGACCCGGCCAGGUGGUACCUUCUGGAAAGCAUACUGGACCUGGUAAAUUGGGAAAUGGAAAGAAAGGUAUCCACUUAAGAAAGGUAGCUCGUCUCAAUGCUGAUUCUGGCUGUCCCACCCAUUCUGAUUCAGAAAAUCAGAGUGAAGCUCCCCAAGGGCUUGAUAGGUGUGCUGCUUUGCUGCGGGACAUUUUAAGAAAGGAAGACUCAGAAAUAGCAUAUUCUGAAAACAGAAAUAACCCCAGACUUUUCGAAGGCAAAAGAUAUGGGUCUAAGAGGAAAGUGCAUGAAAAAUGUACUGUUCCUUUAGUCCGGAAAGAAAACUUAUCUUUAGACAAUAAGAAACAGAUACUUAAGGAAGCUUCAAGUGAUAGAGAUUCAUCAGAUGUGGCACAAAAUCAGUCCUUGCAAGAUCAUUAUAGGAUGUAUUCACCUAUCAUCUACCAAGCCCUCUGUGAGCAUGUGCAGACACAGAUGUCAUUGAUGAGUGACUUGCCCACCAGGACCUCUGGAAGUUCCUCUCUACCUUGUCAUACUGUGUCUGAAACUCAGGCAACUCCACGGUCUUGCUCUGGCUUAUCCACUGCUGUCCCAGUCUGGUUUCCUCAGCAGCCACCCUGCCCUCAAAUGGUCCACACUGAAGUUCAGACUGAUGAUGACAACUGUUUUUCAUCACAAACCAAGACACUCUCUGUGAACUCUACUGAUAUUCUGAGAAACUCCUUCAAUUCUAGCUUUGGAGUUCCAUGUGGGUUUCCUAAGAUGGACAAACCAGCUCCUCCUGCGUUUACUAAUGGAACUCUGCCACAGCAAGAGGUUCCCAGGGAACCAGAUCUACUGAAGUGUCUCCAAACAUACAUUAAUUUGUUACGUUCACAUGGAAAAGAGAGCCAACCAGAUAAUCAGGUACCAGGAAGUCCUACUCUGUCACAACCAACUUUCUUGGCUGUGGAUGAGGAAAAAAGUGCCAGAGAAAAAGUUGGAGAGAUCACAAGUGAGGGAAAGGAUUUAAAUACACAUAUGCAAGAUUCGAGAAUGAAGGAUUUGCAGAAGGCAAAAAACGUGUACCAGUGUGCUGAAGAAAUUAGAACUGUAAAAUAUCUGUUGGGAGAGCUCAAGGCCCUGGGAGUAGAACACGGGGAUACAGAAAUUCAGAGACUGAUUACAGAAUUGGAGGCAUGUAUAUCUCUGCUUCCAGCAAUGCAUGAAAACAAAAGUACUCAAGUUGAAAUAGCAAUGGCUGUACAACCAUUGAGAAGUGAAAAUGCUCAGUUACGCAGGCAACUAAGAAUUUUGAGCCAGCAACUUAAAAAACAAGAAGAAACUCAAAAGGCAUCAGGUUCUUUGGAUUCCAACCUUGAAUUGUUUUCGCUUCAGUCAUUGAACAGCUCACUGCAAAAUCAAUUAGAGGAGUCACUGAAGAGUCAGGAAUUACUACAGAAUAAAAAUGAAGAGCUUUUAAAAGUGAUUGAAAAUCAGAAAGAUGAAAACAGAAAGAUUGCUGGUUUAUUUAAAAAAAAAGACCAUAUUUUACUUGAAAAUAAACAGCAAUUUGACAUUGAGAUGACAAGAAUGAAAAUUGAAUUGGAGGAAGCCUUAGUCAAUCUGAAAAGCUCUCAGUUUAAGUUAGAAGCCAUGGAAAAGGAAAACCAGAUACUGGGGAUAACUCUGAGACAGCGUGAUGCUGAGGUGACUCGACUGAGAGAAUUAACCAGAACUUUACAGAGCAGUAUGGCAAAGCUUCUUGCAGACCUCAGUACCGACCACACUCGCUGCAUGCCUGGGAAUAACCUGACCAAAUCUCUUCUGAACAUUUAUGAUAAGCAGCUUCAGCAUGACCCGGUCCCCACCCACACGUCUGUACUGAGCUAUCUAACCCAGCUGGAGACAGACCGCACUUUGACGCCGCCAGAGCCGCUCUCCCCGGUGCCCGCGGGGGAAGCCCUGGGGCCGCGCCCGCCCUUUGCUAGUGCCCGGGCCUCGACGCCCAGCAGCGCCGGGAGUACGGAGGGCCUCUCCCAACUGGGACUCGCCUCCCUGCCGUGCCCAGAGAAGCCCGAGGACGUGGCGGCCGUGUUAGGAGCCCAGUGCGCCGUGGACAGUACCGUGUACAUGCCCUUCGCCAGGAGCACUCCCAAGAGGUCGCUGCCAGCGCACGUGUCCCCGCAGCCCCGCGCGUGCCCGGGCAGCAGCGGCCGGGAGAGAGGGAAGGGGGUGGACGCCGCAGGGGCCGCCGGGCAGCAGUCCAGGCCGCGUCUGGAGGACAAGAAGCUCCUGAAGACCAUCAGGGAAGUGCUCGGCCAGGUCCCUGGCGCCCCGGAGCAGAGCGGCUGGCCCGCGGACGCCAGCAUCUUCGCCUCUGACAUGCAGUCGGACUGGAGCAUCUCUUCCUUCUCCACCUUUACGUCGCGAGAUGAGCAGGAUUUCCGCACCGGCCUCGCCGCGCUGGACGCCAACAUUGCCAGGCUGCAGAAGUCCCUGCAGGUGGGCGUCCUGGAGCGACAAACCCAGCAGGACCCGGCCCACCCUGCCCUGUAGGACGAAGACCUACCCGGGGAUCACCAGUUUACAUGGCCUCCGAGAAGUCAUGCUUGUAUUAAUUAUGUAGGAAACAAUAAAUCGAGUAAUAAAUAGUUGGAAUAUAUUGACACUAGAAUGACACCUGUGGACUUGUCAUCAUAAAAUACGGGCAUUUUCUAAGAAUGAGAAGUUGUAGAAAACUGGGGAGAUGUAAGUAACGUUUUCGUUUUAGUACUUAGAACUUAGUGAUUUUGUUUAUCCUCUUGGAGUAAGGAUGCAGGAUGAAAGAAUUUUCUGAUUGUAAAGGGAAAUAGGAAGGAAGUCUCCGAGUACAAUUUAUUCAAACUAGAGUUUCUUUUUACUUUCAUGAGUUUUGCUAAUUUUUAAUGGCAUUUUUUGUCUUUAUAUGAAAUGCCCUGUUGAUAUCAUUGGCAAAAUGUAUAAACAUUUCUUUUAAGAAUGUGCCAAUAUCUCCACCUCUUCAAAACAUCGUUCCAAGAAAAUACAGAAGACACCCUGAAUCAGCACAUGAUUUUUAAAAACUAUGUGAUUUUUAUUUUUAUCUUGAAUGCGUUUUAAAAAUAAGGUCAGAUUGAUAAAGAAGUGAUAACAGUAAAUGUCUUUUGGAAUUUGGUUUUUUAAGUAAAUAUUUAUUUGGCUGUUCUCAUGACCCUGUUUGAAUAUGACGGAAUUUGUAAAUUUUAUAUUGAUUGUAUUUCUGCCCUUUUGGAUCACUUCUCUGUUCCCCACCACCACCCCCCUUCCAUCUCCCAGCAAUUUAGCUGAGAACAUUUUCAUUUCAUAAAUCUUAUGGCCUAGUUGGUCAUUGCUUCUCUAUACCAGGACACUCAUAGGAAACUAAAUGUUCUGUUGUCACUGAGGAUAUUGACAAGUCACCUGCUUGGUACAAGUGUUUAGAGCUUGGGCAGACUUAAGUAUUAGUGUUCUGCACAUUCCAGAAUUUUGUCUGCUGCUUCUUAAAGUCUUAGUACUAGUGUUUCUGGAGAACACAGACACAGUCUCUUUGACUUUUAUUCACUCACAUUUCUUUCAUUUAUUUUUGGUCAUACUAGGCAGUGCUAUAUCCUCUCCAGGCUUGAUUGUCAGGGCUCACACCUAGUGGGACUUGGGGGAACAUAUGCAGAGCAGGCAGGGGUUCAAACCACUGUCAUGGCACAACUGCAUGCAAGCAAGUACCUUAACCUCUGUAUUCUCUGACCCACAGAAAUUUCUUAAGCCUAAAAAAGGGAAAUGAAUUCUAAAUGGUUCAUUAUUGUACAAAUUGUGAGUCCAUUGGUUUAUUUAGAGGUAGCAGUCCGUAACUUCAAUAACUCCCUUAAAAUUAGAAACUGUUGAGAAAUAUAAAAUAAUGAAGAAACUUAGGUUAUAUAUCUCCUUACAAAUAUUGAAUUGCUACUUAUAUGAAGAAUUAAAAAUAUAAGAUUAUUUUUAAAUAAUAGAUUGUCCUGUUUUUCUCUUCAUAUAGAAGAUGCUAUAUGCAAAUGAAAUUCUAAAAUUCAUA